CUGAUAGAUUAUAUUCAUAAACAAAUAUUCUCAAUGCAUUAUAAAAACUUUUACCAAAUUCUUGUUUCAUCAUCAAAUCUUUAUUUAAAAUGAAAGUAAGAUCUAUUUGAAAUAACAUCAUUAAAUUCUCGAAUGCAUUCAUCAACUGAUCGUACACCUCUUGAAUGUCUUCAUAUAAACACAUUUAUUAACGUUACCUACAUAUGAACGCAACAAAUGCACCACCACCUAAUAUUACACUUACAACUAGUUCAGAUCAUCUUUAUUAUCGAACAAGAUCAAAUUCAAUGCCACCACCACUACCACCACUUCCACCAUCUAUAUAAAGAUUUAAUUCAACAAAUAGAUAUCGAUUUUCAUUUCCAACAUCAAAUAUAAAUAGAUAUCAUUAUAGACUUUAUUGAUGUAACCAACAUCAAUAAAUUCAAGAGGACCAACAAAUUCUAGAACAUCAACAAUUGUUUCAUCGUUUCCAAUAUCAACAACAACAAUUGAAAAUCAAAUAAAUAAUAAUUUAAUUUUCAUAUCACCAUGGUUAGACAGAUUUACCAUCAAUACUUAAACAUAAACAAAGUUUACAAAAACGAUAAAUUUAAAUUAAUUCAAAAAAAUAAAGCAGCUAGAACACAACACAUCAAUAUUAACAAAAAAAUUCAAAUUUAUUUACUGAUCUUAUAUAUAGAUCAAUAUCAACAUUAACAAUAGAACAAUCAACAACACAUCAUCAUCAACAGAUCCGUUUAUUAACAAAUAAUUUAAAUCAUAUUGAUUAUGAAAAUCUUUAA